CGCGCUGCUGUACAUGUCGGUACUACUGUCGGUAGUAGACGUUGGAGAAAAUAUUACAUUUUGUGAAGAACACCUUCAAGUCCAAUGUAAUAUUCGUUUUUUGGUGAUCGUUUGAAUAUAUAUUUCUUAAAAUGGAUAAUCAAGUGCCUGGACCCUCAUCAACAUUAAGGACAUUUAUUAAUCACGUGUAUAACGAUUUUGAAUACGUAGUUCACAGCAGUGAUAAUGACAAAACUUCUUUUGUUUGUAAGGAUUACAAAUCAGGCACUUGCAGAGGUAAAGGAUUUAUGAAGGCUGGUAUUUUUACUUUGAAAAAAAGACACACACACUACCCUGACCUAAAAAAUCUUAGGGAAAAAGAAUUUAAAAUGGCAUUAUAUAAUGCUGUGACUACAAGCACAGAAACUUUUAGGAAAUGCUACGAUAAAGUUCGUCCUUCUCAUCACGAAGCCUCUAUUACCUUGCCUUUCGCAAGUUGUGAAAACCCGAUGUAUAAGUGGCGUAAAAGAAUAAGCCCACCAAGUCCACCACCUUUUAGAACACUUGAUGAUUAUUGCAAUACAUUAAAUUCGGAUGAAUGGAAGCACAUAAAGGAGGAUCUCUUAAUGUUUCCUCGGUAUCUGGAGAAAACUCAGGAACGUCCGUCAUUUAUAAAGAUAUCGACUGUGCAAACCAAGUUUACAGAAAUGGAAACAUCUAUACUUAUGCAACGUUUAAAGUGGUGCCUAGAGCAGCAGGGUAUUCCAUUUGCUUGGGCCAUCAUGGAACAAAAAACAGCAGCAGCAUAUAAGAAGGUUUCUCAAGAAAUAAAAAGGUUAUUGCCUGGGUUCAAUAUUAUCGAAGCAAUGUGUGAUUUUGAGAGUGCAUUAAAAAAGGCAUUGCGCCAAUCCUUUCCAGGAAUAAUUUUACAUGGAUGUCUUUUCCAUUAUAAACAAGCCAACAUCAGGAAAACUAAGAAUUUACGUUUGCAUCAAUUGCUAAAAAAGAAUCCAGAAGCUCGUCACGCUCUUCAUUUGAUUAUUGCUCUCCUAUUACUUCCAGCAGGUCAAAUAUAGAGGUUAUAUAUUGUAAAAACUUGUGAAAUAUCAAGAGCAUUUCAGACUUGAUUUGGAAUCUCUUCGACAAGGCCGAAGGAUUUGUAGGCUACCUAAAUGUGAAGUAGUUGUGAAAGACAUUUUGAUCUCUGAAGCUUGGGCGCGAUUGCAUCAACCAGGCGGCCUCACAACGCGACAAUUUUUGGAAGAAUGUGUUCAAAUUUUUAGACUAGAUGAUGACAUGUGAACGCAAGUGUCAGAUAUGUCGAAAAUUUUUAUUUUUUUCAACGCAAAUGAACUUUACAUAGAAAAAUUCUACUCGCGUAGAAACUCUGCACAUUACACUUAAACAAGUGUAACUAAUUAUACACAAAAAAUCUAUGUCCGUUAAAUUUAGAUAAAAUAAUGUUUAAUUUAAUGUAAUUGAUUUUGCACAGUUACUUAGUACUUCAAGAAAUUCUACUUAAACAAGUUGUAAAUUCAGAUGUUCAUUACAUGAACAUUUUGCUUCCUCUUUACGAUCAGCAAAAAAAUUUGCUUCCUCGUGGAGAAAGCAAAAUUUUAUUGUCAAAACGUGAUUUUGAUUUUUUAACUUUCAUUAAUUCUUUAAAUUUACCUCAAAUGUAUACUUUAUAUAUAUCAAUCGAUUCGUCUUGACGUAAGUAAUACAAUUAUUUCAAAUAUAAACUUCAAUUUAAAAAAACACAAAAUUUUAUAGCCAAAAUGUGAAUUUUUGAUUUUCUAACUUUCAUUAAUUCUUUAAAUUUACCUCAAAUGUAUACUUUAUAUAUA